AUGGAAAGCAACGGGAAACCUGGCAAAAUUCACAUGUCGAAUGACGCUUGCUCUCUACUGAAUCGAAUCGGCGGCUAUGAAGUUGAAUCAAGAGGAGAGGUGAUCAUAAAAGGAAAGGGAGUGAUGGAGACGUAUUGGUUGAACGCUCGUUCCAUCGGUACAACAACUCUACCAAUCGCUACCUUGAGGAAGGACGAUUUACCGCCACCGACGAAAACACAGGAACCGCCACGUUUCACGACGAGAACUUCGACAACUCCACCAAUGGAUCAUGAGACGAGAAUGGAGUCGUCAAGUACACAGAAAUUGCCUGAUUAUGAUGAAAUUGAA